AUGGGUUCGCCGAUUUCGGGAUUCAUCGCCGAGGCUGUCCUGCAACGGUUAGAGUCGCUGGUCUUCCAACACCACAGACCGAAAUUCUGGGCCCGGUAUGUGGAUGAUACCUUCGUCGUUAUCGAUCGGGAUCAACUGCUGACAUUCAAGGAACAUCUGAAUGCGGUCUUCCCGGACAUACAAUUUACGAUGGAGGAGGAAGAGAACAACCAACUGGCCUUCCUGGAUGUCCUCGUAUGCCGCAAGGAUUGUGGUGGACUAAAGACCAAAGUGUUCAGGAAAGCGACAAAUACGAUGCAAGUACUGAACUUCAACAUCAACCACCCAAUCAGUCACAAACGCAGUUGUGUAAGGACGCUCUAUCGGCGUGUCGAAACGCACUGCAGUGAGCCGGAAGACAAGAUUGCUGAACUACAAUAUCUCCGACGGGUAUUCAAAGUCAAUGGCUACCCGGGCAACUUUGUCAACCGGUGCAUACGCAAAAUGGACGAAAGGCCUAACCGCGGGAACACCAAAGUUUGGCGAGCGCUUCCAUAUGUCAAGAACGUUUCGGAAGCUGUUGGCCGCCUUCUCGCACCGCUGGGGGUUGGAGUUGCACACUGGCCAGAGGCAACCAUCAGGCGUCAAUUGAUGAAACCAAAAGACCCACUGCCACGGCAAGAAACGUCUGGAGUCGUUUAUCGGAUCUGGUGCAGUUGCGGACAAAGCAACUAUGUCGGAGAAACCGGAAGACAGCUCCGAACGCGAAUGGCCGAACACGCUGCAGCAGUGCGGAGAAAUGACGCCAGCUCUCAAGUUGCGGCUCAUUCCACGGGUUGCGGCCACACAUUCAAAUUUGACGAGGCCGAAAUUCUCGCAAGAGGUGACAACCGCGUGAGCCGGGAGCUGCUUGAGUCAUGGUUCACUGGCCCCCAGUCUAUUAACAAUUGCAAUGAUCUUCCCAUUCAAUACAGCGUGCUGAGACUUCGUCUAGGCGGAGAAAUUGGCCACGCGGGGAGCGCCCUGAUGAACACUCUUCCCAACACCCGGGUCAGCGCGUCAGAUGGUCGAGCAAUCACCACACCAACAUCCAACACACGUGAUGAAAUUGCUGCAAUUAACGACGCGAAUAUCGACCAUCACGCCACGUGCAACGAUCCCUGA